AUGCCUCCAGGGAGCCUUCCACAAGCGGUAGCGUCCCCAGGAACACUCCCAGGGACAACGGCGUUCCCAGGAACUCUUGCACUGACCCCCCCCCCCCAAGGGUACCGGCGCCCCCAGGGACACCCCCGAAGCGACGGCACCUCUAGGGACCCUCUCCGGAGUGAGGGUGCCCCGAGGGGCCCUCCCAAGUGUGGUGGCGCCACCCGGGACCCUCCCAGGGACGGUGAUGCACCAAGGGGGUCUCCCAGAUGCGGUGCACUCCAGGGACCCUACCAAGGCUUCCCGGGAGGCCUGUGGUCUGGCGUUCACAGAGACAGAGGUUCGUACACAAAGAGAUGCAUCCCCGGGGACCCACCUGGAGUGACGGCGCCCUCAGGGACCCUCCCAGGCGUGGUGGUGACACCAGGCCCCCUCCCAGGGACGGUGAUGCCCCCGGGGACCCUGCCAAUGGCGGUGGAGUCCAAGGAUCCUACCAAGGUUUCCCAGGAGGCCUAUGCCCGGCUUACACUUUAG